GACAAAAUUUUUUUGCCAAAAAAGAAGUUUUAUAUACAAUUUAGUUUCAACAGAAGAACGAUUAGAGUUGAAAAGCAAGCAUUGAACUUAGCAUUCCAACAUAAUAUUAUACCAAGUUUGUACCCGGAAUAUAUUGAAAUGACCAUAUUGUCGGCCGUACCCAAACAAAUAAACUUCUCCAACCGACAGUUAAAUGAAGAACAAAGAAUAAUAGUUCAAAAUAUCAUGCUACCUAAAAAUAUCCCUUAUAUAAUAUUUGGGCCACCUGGUACGGGAAAAACUGUAACAAUUGUUGAAUCUGUAUACCAGCUCUGGAAAAAUUAUCCUAAUAGUAGAAUAUUGAUAUGUGCACCUUCCAAUGCAGCGACUAAUGAAGUAGCAAGUAGAUUAAUUGACACAAUGCCAAAAAGUGAUAUGUUCAGAUUACUUGGAAGUGCGUAUGCUACCGAAAUCAAUCAAAGAGUUGAUCUUAGAGAUAUUGUUAAUAUUCAACGAGAUGGUGAGUUUUACAUGCCCUCCUUGGACCAAUUACUAAAAUAUCGAGUCGUGAUGACAACCAUUGUUACAGCUGCUAGACUCGUUAAUGGAGGAGUUCCGAAUGGUCACUUUACACACGUAUUCAUUGAUGAAAGUGGAUACGCAACUGAAACACAAACACUUAUACCUAUAGCAGGAAUUUUAUCAAACGUUGAUAAUAAAGGAAAGUUAACAGGGCAAAUUAUUCUCGCUGGGGAUCAUAGACAGUUAGGACCCAUUAUCCAUUCCUCUUUUGCAAAUCAUUGUGGAUACGGAACUUCAUUGCUAGAAAGACUUAUCACAACGUCUGAAUUAUAUUCAAGAAAUACAAUCAAAAACUCAUACGAUAGCAAGUGCGUUAGUAAACUUGUCAAAAACUACAGAUCACAUGAAACAAUAUUGAAACUUCCGAAUGAGUUAUUUUAUGAUAAAGAGCUCAUAGCCGUGGGAAAUGAUUUCACGAAUUUAUUUAUCGGCUGGAAAACUUUGAAAAAUGAAAACUUCCCCAUUAUUUUCCAUCAUGUUGAAGGAGUAGAUCAAAGAGAUGAGACCUCUCCUAGUUUUUUCAACAUACAGGAGGUAGAGCGAGUGGUAGAAUAUCUUUCCAAAUUAUUUUCAUCCAAAGUAAAAGGUAUGAAGAUAACUGAAAAGCAUGUUGGUGUAAUAACACCUUACAGGAAACAAGUUGAAAAGCUAAGAAUCGCUUGCUCCAAACGAAAUUGGAAUUCUUUACUUAUAGGAUCUGUGGAACAAUUCCAAGGCAAAGAAAGGGUUGCCAUUAUAGUAUCUACCGUAAGGUCGAAAAAUGCUUAUAAAUUUGAAGAAAUAGACCAAAGGUGCCAAUUAGGUUUUGUGAAAAAUCCAAAGAGAUUUAAUGUUGUGUUAACAAGAGCGAAGGCUCUUUUAAUCGUAAUUGGCAAUGCGAAUGUUUUGAAAACUGACAGAAAUUGGUCGAAGUUCAUUGAAUACUGUUCCGAAAACGAUUCAAUAGCAGGAAAACCCUUUCAGUGAGUCUGAUAUAGCCUAGUGAUUGUUUGAUUGAUAAUCUGUGAGUAUCAAUUCUAAAAAGCGACAAUAAAUAUUUUAUAUGUCUAAA